AUGGUAAAAUUUGAAGACAUUUCCAAUCAACCACAGACGGAUUCUUCCUCCCAUCUAGCAUCCUCAUCAUCAUUAAAACAUCCAUCCACCUCUCGUGUACAUCCACAACAAGGAUUGAAAUUCCGAUUUUCACCGUUCUUUCUUUCAUUACUUCUUGUCGGAGGUUUUAUACUCCAUGGCUAUAUAUCUUUUCAUCCCGAUCUUAAUUCUAUUAAAUUCCUUUCAUCAUUUUUCAAGUUAUUUGCGGGUUAUCAAUAUUGGUUGAGAAUUGGAUUUUAUGGAGCUGUAUUGGUUCAUAUCAUUGAAUCAGUGGUGUGUUAUGGACAAAUUCAUUCAUUCUUUAAAACUCAUCAGGUAAAAAGAGAUGAAAGUGUGUUGUGGAAAUAUACAAUACAGACAUUGAUUGUUGGGUUUCCAAGUUUUUGGGUAUUGCAUGAAGAAUUGUCGAAAUUCGAAAAGAGUCAUUAA